AUGCGUAAUGAUUAUGGAUGUGAGAUCUCUGAUUCUUUAGCAUGGGAUUCCCGUGAAUAUGAAGUCAACGCUGUUAGAGGUAUUCCAGAGGAAAGUUAUGGGACAAUACCAAAAUACUUGCACAUGCUGCGAGAUUCCAAUCCAGGCACACAUUCCUCUUAUGAGACUGACGUCAAUGGUAGAUUUCGAUAUCUGUUUAUAGCGUUUGGUCAAUCGAUCAGAGGCUUUAGCAAAGUCAUGAGGCGUGUCAUUGUUGUCGAUGGAACAUUCUUGAAGAAUAAAUUCAAAGGGGUGCUACUGGUUACAACUGCUAUAGAUGGAAAUUCAAAUUUAUAUCCUAUUGCAUUUGGGAUAGUAGACUCCGAGAAUGAACAGUCUUGGGAAUGGUUUAUGAGACAAUUAAAAGUUGUUGUUGCUGAUGAUAAUGGUUUGUCUUUUAUUUCGGAUAGACAAGUGUCAAUAGCGAAGGCACUGGAGAAAGUGUAUCCGCUAGCGAGACAUGGUAUUUGUAUUCAUCAUUUGUUGAAUAAUGUGAUAUCAUAUUUCAAGGGGAAGGGGUUAGUUGGGUUGAUUUCUAAGGCUUCGAAGGCUUAUAGAGUGGUUGAUUUCAAGAAGACGUUUGCUCAUGUUUGCAAUAUCAGUCCAGCAAUUGGAAAUUAUCUUAUGGAAGCGGAUGUCAAAAAGUGGGCUAGAUGUCAAUUUCAUGGAUACAUGUAUGACAUUAGGACAAACAAUCAUACAGAGUCGAUAAAUUUUGUGUUGCGUUUGCCGAGAGAGUUUCCCGUAAUUCCUUUGUUGGACAGUAUUAGAGAAAUGCUGACACGCUGUUUUUUAAGCGUAAGAAGUUGA